ACACACACACACACAGACACACACACAGACACACACACACACACACACACACACACACACACACACACACACACACACACACACACACACACACACACACACACACACACACACACACACACACACACACACACACACACACAGAGUUCAAAGUGUGUCUUGGUGGGCAUUGACCCCGGCUCAUGUUUGGACAUCAGACUGUUUGUCAGACUUCAUCGUGGAGACGAAGAGGACGAACACAGCGACUGUUGAAGGAGAACAAAGACAUUACCAUGACGACUGAGUAUCACGACGAGGCUGAAGAUGACAGUAACUCCUUCUGGAACAAAGAGCCUCGUCCCGUCUAUUUCUCAGGAGUCUCCAGGUUCAGGCGUUGGUUGUUUCCAGCUCUGACCGCUACAGUCAUCAUGAUUCUGAUCAUAGCGCUGGGAGCUACUAACACAAGGACAUCAAACAGGCUGUGGUCUGUGGAGAACAGAGUUUCUAAUGUGACUGAAUCCCUGAGCGUGGCGCAGCAGCUCACCAGAGAUGCAGCUAAAGAAGUUCUCCGCAUGAGAUUUGCCGUGGAGAGCAACAAGGACCAGCUGACCUCAGUGGAAGAGGCAUUGAGGCAGCUGGCAGCUCUGGAAUCCCUCAGUAAGACCGUUGCUGGUCUUAAAUGUUCCCUCGAGCGCCUCAUCAAUAACGGUUCAACCGCAGUCGGAUGCUGUCCUCUAAAUUGGGAACUUUUUCAGACCAGCUGUUACUUGUUCAGUAAGACACCUUUGGCGUGGCACACUGCCAGAGACUGGUGCAACGGACACGAGUCUCACCUGGUUAUACUCAACUCGGACGAAGAGUGGGACUAUGUGACACAACAAACCCGUGGGGCUUUCUACUGGGUGGGUCUGACGGAUGAGAAAACUGGGAGGUGGGAGUGGGUCAACCAGACUCCGUACGUCAUGAACCGAAGGCGCUGGAUGCCCGGUCAGCCUGACAGCUGGACCAAUCAUGGCCUCGGCCCUGGAGAUGAAGACUGUGCGCACCUGCACAACGACGGGCGCCUCAACGACAUCCACUGCUCCCCAGGAUGCGCUACGUCUGCCAGAGGCACAGCAUCAGGAGCUAAAGAGCAAAGACCCCACACCCACAGAACACAGGCUCCCCCACAAAACUGCUUAGUUCUACUGUUAAAAUAUGUCUUUUAAAUCAUUUGAUCUGUACAUGUCAGGCUGACACUCGCUGAGUAGGGACUUGGUAGGUUGGAGACUUGUUGUUUCAUCAUACUGCAUUGAAUCCCCAAAAGAGUUGUAUUUGUAGCAUUCAUUAUUUUUAUGCUGAAUAAAUAAAGAACAUAACCCCUG